AACUUAAAUGGGCUUGGGCGAAUGAAAUUGGUCGUACAAUUAGCUCGUUGAUUGCACAGGCAAGCCCUGCACAGCCUUGGUAUUUCAACACGCUUUCCACUGGGAUAGAAAAAGUGAAUAUUGUAGCUCUCGAGGGAAGUUAUGGUUGCUUGUCAACAAGAGACAAUGUCAAUGGAACUGAUCUUGUCUUCGACUUUCUUUUGCAUCAUCUUUCCAAAAUAGAGGACGAUCAUAAUUAUAAGUUAUGUCACAAAGAAGACAGUAAAAUAUAUAAAUGCUGCAGUGUUAUCGGUUUCGGAAAUCUUAAAUUGUGUACUGAUUAUUCAUCAAUUGCACUGGAAUAUGCUAAUGAGUACAUAAUCGCUAUGACAAUCAUCACUGGUAUCAUUGUUCUCCCUUUAAUACUUAAAUACCUACGAUCAUUUAAGAAAGAAAGUAAACAUUACAAGUUUUCUGACAGUCCAAUGGCACUUUCAUCGAUUUUCCAUGCUGCUUUGAUUGAGGAAAAAGGUCCAGUGAAGUCUGCCCAAAGAAGAUUAGUAUUUUCACUUACAGUCACGGGGAUUUUGUAUGUUAGCGGAAUGGAGUCAACAUGGGUUGUGAUUGCGGCGGUAUGGAUUAUUCCUUUUACAGCUUUUGAUACGUUCGUGAUAAAUUACGAUUUGCAAUUCGAUGUAAUCCUACCUCUCAUUAUCGGUGAAAAUGACACGUUUGACAUCUAUGCAGUUAUUCUAACUUUACCUUUCAAUUUCAAAUUUUGGUCGAAUGCCUGCAAGCGGCCUGAAUUUGAACAAUAAAAUUCGAACUAUCAACAGAUCCGGGACAACCACAACUACGAAUUACCAGUGCGUGGGAAAAUAGUUCAAUUUUUUAAGGAUACAUUAUUAAUGCUGCUGUAUUUAUGCUUUUUCAUUCCGAUUUGUUGGAUCGUUUUUUCCUGUCUUAUUUUCAUGUCCACGUUGAUAUUAAUCUAUCCUCCAUCAAGUCGCAUGUUCAAAAUCGUUAUCGACUGUGUUUCCUUAUUCUGUGACAUUGGCGUUCUUGACGCCGGUAUCUGGCAGCAUUUUACGUGGAUUGUAAUAAACUUGUUUCCUUUCUCUUUUACAAUUUUAAAUUUGGUUCUUAUUAUACGUUCUAUAAUCUCUUUCUUGACAGUUGUACUCUUAUUCAUUUCUGGCUUGUACCUCAAUGCCGAAUUCUACAGUCCGACUGUUGCACCAGCCAUGAUUCUUGCUGUUUAUUGUUGGAGAUGUUGGCGAACAUUUGUAGAAACAAAGUAUUUGCAACUUAAGACGAAAAUCUACGAAGUUUCCGUGGAACGUGCGAAUGAAAAUUCGUUACAUGCGGAAAUUGAGGAUGAUACGUCGAUGCCAACGAAUGAAGCAUGUAACUUUAAUACUGAAGGAAAUCAUGAUGAAAUAGAUGACGGUCGGUUCACUGUGAAUAUUAAGACAGGCACGAUCUCAAAGGCUCUCUACGAAGAAUUGAGGGAAACGUAUUUGCUUUAUGACGAAGUUCUGUUUUGGUUUCUCGUAAGAUUGUUUUUGAUUGCAAAUUUUUGCCUUUUUGUAUCCGUUAAGAUGUUAUUUUUUCAAAAAUCUGGUAUCUCUGGAGAGUUACAGAUAAUUAGCACAAUGGCAGUGGGUACACUUCCGUUCAUAUUCGACGCAAUCUGGGCCGAGCAUACUUCGGAACAAAAAUGUUGCAGACAUGGAACUAACGCUAACACAACGACAAGUAAUCAAAUUUGA